GUGAAGGCAGCUCAGAACAGUCGUGUUGUGGGAAAGUGAAUAUGGAAAUGAACUCUAACCAUAUAAAUCACACAAAAACUGACACUGAAGCGCAAGACCCUCACCUGAAGCCUCCUCCACAACCGCCACCAGGCGUCACCAAGAGGAAGUUCGUGCUGCACUCAGACAAGGAGCCCUACGACUUCGUAGCCCACAGAUGCACGCCGAAGCCCACGAAUGCCCUAGAGUCCACUGGACACCUGAUCAAGGGAUGCCUGGGCGGAGGGCUGCUGGGCAUCCACGAGGCCUUCAUGAAGGGCGGGCUCUGGACCUCCUUGGGCAUGACCAUUGUCUUCGGGUUUUACAUCACUUACUGUGUUCAUUUAUUAGUAAAAUCAGCACAAGUGCUAUGUCAGAGGCUUCAUAUCCCAGUGAUGUCGUACCCAGAUGUGGCCGAAGCGUCUUUGGAAGUAGGCCCCUUCCCGAAGCUAAGAAAGUAUAGUAAGUGGUUUAGGUAUGCUGUGGACGCAACGAUCUGCCUAGACCUCUUCGGUGCCUGCUGCGUCUACCAGAUCAUCAUAGCGAAAACCAUCAUGCAGAUGGUGGAAGACACCAAAGAGUUUGACUCUGGGGAUCUGGCAUCUUUGAGGCUGUACGUACUGGCACUCCUGGUGCCUAUACUGCUGCUGUGUAUGAUUACCACGCUGAAGUAUUUAGCGCCUUUCACUUUGCUGGCGGACGUUUUUAUUGUGGCAUGCGUAGUAGCGACAGUCUACUACAGCCUAAGGCAAGCUCCACCGAUAUCAGAAGUGCCAGCUUGGAAGAACCCUUAUGGUUUCUUUGAAUUCUGCGGCAUUGCCAUCUUCAGUAUGGAGGGCAUAGGAGUGUCCUUGCCAAUAGAAAAUAAUAUGAAGAACCCUAAGCAAUUCCCUUUGGUGCUCAGUGCUGCAAUGUGCAUUGUGGUGUCGUUCCUCAUCCUUGUGGGUUUCUUCGGUUAUUGGGGAUAUGGAGAAAAUUGUAUAUCUCCUGUCACUUUGAAUUUCCCAUCAGAGAUAUUUCCCAAAGUCCUCAAAUGUCUCAUGGCGCUGAUGAUCUUCGUCACGUUCGCGUUAAACUUCUGGGCGCCUUUCAACUUGGUCUGGCACUACAUCUCCAAGAAACACAACCCAAAGAAGCACUGGAUUUGGGAGAGGGUGUACAGAGCAACCUUCAUCGUUAUUAUCACGGCUAUUGCUAUUGCUUUCCCCAAUAUUGGGAAUUUGAUGGGACUGCUUGGUGCAUUCUGCUUGUCAAACAUGGGCUUCAUUUUCCCAUCACUGAUCGAACUUCUGGUGGUGUGGGAGUCUCCAGGACUUGGACGAUAUAAAUGGCGCUUGUGGAAGAAUAUUUUCAUCUUAUUCAUAGGAGUUUUAUUAUUUAUAGCCGGUACCUAUUCUAACCUUAAGGGAUUGAUAGCUAAUUUGUGAUUUAAGUACUUAAGUAAGUUUACC